UCCAACGCACCAAUAGGUCCCUGCGAUGCUGGGAAGGGCAGAGAAGAAACUCCAGAAGUUUGGGAUGUAGGUUAAAAUCUCGCCUGUUCGGGUCCGAGACGGCAAUGAAUCAAGUCCGUUCGCUGUUGCGGAAAAUGUUUGGGCUGGUUAAACAUCACAUGGGGACUGAUCAGUUUGGAAACAAGUAUUAUUACAUUCCUCAACAGACAAACUGGACUGGACAGACUAUUCGUUCAAAAAGAAUAAUUGAAGCGGUCAAUCCAAAAGAAAUUGAUUAUGAAAUUGGAGACAUUCCUUCUGAAUGGGAAGCUUGGAUACAAGGGCGCAGAAAGGACCCACCCACCAUGGAGGAAAUUCUGCGCAAUGAAAAAUAUAGAAAAAUGAUAAAGAUACAUGCCCAUGAAGUACAACAGAAGGAGGAGAUUAGGAAAGAGAAAGAAUAUGAGGAAGGUCUUGUUGCACGGCCAGUUCAAACUAGAGUCAUAGGACAUGCCUCUGCAACUUACUUUGGAGAGGAUAAGCUAUCUCCAGAUCCUUCAAGUACAGCAAAUACCUUCCAGCCUGGAGGCUGGUUACCACCAGAAAACACAAACAAGAAAAAAUAACAAAUGUUUGUCUUGCGGUUUAAAGACUAUUUGUCUGAAAUAUCUGCCAUAUAAACAAAGGAAUUGUGUACACAUGCAGUAAUUAUUUCAUAUCACGAUUACAGCAGUCAGUGCAUUCUGUUUCUUUGGUUUAUAAAUUUUCAAAUUCAAAUCCCUGACACUUGAGGAUUCUUCUAACAAGAUUGUCAGUUUAAAUUAUUUCUUAAGUUAGUAACCUGUUACUUCUGUUACUGUGUGAUAAUUUUUUUUAAAUCUGUUUUUCUCUGGGUAGUUUAUUUAAUCUCCCAAAUGUUAGGACAGAAUGUUUGAAAAUCUUUGCUUUAAUCUAAUUUGCAAUAACAUUAUUUAGACAAUUUCAAAUAUGCAAAACAAAAAUAUUUCAGAACAGUGGAAUGAAAAGGAACUAAUCCUCAGCAAGAAUGGACACGUAACACAGACUCGCGUUUUAUCUAAAAUUGAUUGCUAAAUUGCACUAAGUGCCCAACUCUCAAUCUUGAGUGAAUUAACCUGAUGUAACUCCAAGGGAUUUCCCUUUAAUCCAGAACUCUGAGUUGUGUAAUCCAGUUUGUUAAUAUUGAGUCAAUUUAAUAGAUUGCUUGUAGUGAGAUACAACAGGAUGUUGCAUUUUACAACAUCAUCUGAAAUGGCGUAAAGUUAGUAUAAAAAAGGAAAAUUUUCAUUUAGUAUCGCUUUUGAAAAAGUAACUUAAUAUUAUUGAAUCACAAUACAUGUUUGAAGUAACUCACUUUACGAAAAAAUUAAACCAGUCUGUGCUAAUUACUUUUUGCCAAUGUCCUGUUGGAAGCUUAAACUGCCAUUAAACACAAAUGCAAGUA